AUGAUUCGAUCACGAAUUAUUACACCUGAGAUUAUUAAAAAAUCAUAUUUGAAAUAUGAAUGUUCGAAAGACGUCGCUCUUAUACUAUCGUUGGAACAAAACUUUAACUGGGGAAUCAUAACAGAAUUAAAUUUGAGUCUUUUAAGUAUAGUACACAUUGUUGGAUUAAGAUUAGUUACAAAUCUAAAAUGCUUGACACUAUCACACAACAAAAUCAAAAAAAUCGAAAACCUGGAUUGCCUUACAAAGCUAGAAGAACUAAACCUUUCUUAUAAUAGAAUUACAUCAAUUGAAAAUCUUGAUAAUUUAAUAAAGUUAAAUGUUUUAAGUUUAAGUGGAAACAACAUUAGUGAAUUGAACAAUUUGGAUAAUAAUUUACAAUUACAGGCAUUUUAUAUAAACAAUAAUGAGAUAACUGACAUUAAUCAAAUUUUCUAUUUGAAACGUUUCAAAUAUUUACAAUGCAUGGAUUUAUCAAACAAUCCAGCUACCAAUGGUAAUAGAAAACUAAUUGUUGAUCAAUUUCCAAAUUUGAUAUAUCUUGAUAAUAUACAUAUAACGGCCGAGGAACGUUCAUUAGUUGUUGAAAUUAACGAUGAAUAUAGUUUAGCAGGUUCAGAAAUUUUGGGAGACUCAAACAUUAUUCACAAAGCUUUUUUAAACGAAACAGAUGGUAUACAGUUUUUCAAUUAUUUAUACAAUGAAGAUCUUGAUGCUGAAUUGUUGAGUAAAUGGAACUCAACUGUUCGGAGGGCUUUCGCAACAUUACAGAAACAAAUAACCGAUAGUGCAAUGCAAUUAUAUAAUACAAGUUUACAAAAACUGACGGUGAGAGAUGAGAUGUUUUCCACGUUCAAAAUGAGUCAUAACAAAUUUGAAAGAAAAUUAACUUACGAGAGCCGUGAUAUUAUAGAUGAAUUUGAAGAAAUAAGAAGAAUAAGGAUAGAACCUAUUGAAGGGCAACUAAUUGACAUUGAAACAAAUGAAAUAACCAAUAACCAGAAUUCAAUUCGAAUUGAAAAAAUAUGUGAACAUUUUUCAAUUGAAUCCUUUGUUUCUGUAACAGAAGAUGAAAUAAUUGUAUUGAAAAGGAAAUUGCACGAAAAAAACAUUUAUAUGAAUAAAACCAUAAUGGAUAUGAUAAGUAAAUACACUAAGUUUGUAGAAGAAGAACUAAAAUUAUUUUUGGAACUGUUAGUCCCAAUAUUUUUCAAUAUGCGUGCAAUUAUAAGUACCUAUACUGAGAUACUGAGUGAAAAUGUUAGGUUGGCCGUGAAUAAUCCAAUAAAAAUAAUACCAAAAGAGUUCAUUAAUCACUUUGAAAAUAGAUUUGUAAUAAAUGAUGCUGUAGUUAAGAUGUCUGAUAGACAUAUGGAAAUGAUAUACAAGCGCGAAGAACUUCUUAAUACUAAUGCCAAAAAAUGGGCUGAAAAAUCAAUUGAAGAUUUAAAAAACUCUGAGAAGCAAAGAUUUUGGAUGGUAUUUGAAGAAAUAACUAGAUAUAGUGAUAAAGUAUCAAUUUGGCUUAAAUCAUUAAAAAAUAAUUAA